AUGAACUCUUCUAUACCUGUAGCGGCAAUGGGAGCGUCUAAUUGGGGCCACAGAGCCAUGGUGCUGUCGCAGAGACAGAGAGACGAACUAAACCGGGCGAUAGCUGACUACCUCCGCUCCAAUGGAUACGAGGAGGCUUAUUCCACCUUCAAGAAAGAGGCAGAGUUAGAUAUGAAUGAAGAGAUAGAUAAAAAGUAUGCUGGUCUUUUGGAAAAGAAAUGGACCUCAGUCAUCAGAUUACAAAAGAAGGUGAUGGAGCUAGAGUCGAAGCUCAACGAGGCAAAAGAGGAGAUGACCCACGGGGGGCCGGUGGGGCAGAAGAGGGACCCCAAAGAGUGGAUCCCACGUCCCCCAGAGAAGUACUCCCUGAGCGGACACCGUGCCCCCGUCACACGCGUCAUCUUCCAUCCCGUCUUCUCCGUUAUGGUCACGGCCUCCGAAGACGCCACCAUCAAGGUGUGGGACUACGAGGCGGGGGACUUCGAGCGCACUCUGAAAGGCCACACAGACUCGGUGCAGGACAUUUCCUUCGAUAUGACAGGGAAGCUCCUGGCCUCGUGUUCUGCCGACAUGAGCAUCAAACUGUGGGACUUUCAGGGCUUCGAGUGCAUCCGGACAAUGCACGGGCACGACCACAACGUGUCGUCUGUAGCCAUCAUGCCAAACGGAGACCACAUCGUGUCUGCGUCUAGAGACAAGACCAUGAAGAUGUGGGAGGUGGCCACAGGAUACUGUGUGAAGACGUUCACGGGCCACAGGGAGUGGGUGCGGAUGGUGCGUCCGAACCAGGACGGCUCUCUGAUCGCCAGCUGCUCCAACGACCAGACGGUGCGCGUGUGGGUGGUCGCCUCAAAAGAGUGUAAAGCCGAGCUGCGGGAGCACGAGCACGUGGUGGAGUGCAUCUCCUGGGCCCCGGACAGUGCCCACCCCACCAUCCUGGAGGCCACCGGCUCAGAGAACAAAAAGAGUGGAAAGCCCGGACCAUUCCUGCUCUCCGGAUCCAGAGACAAAACUAUAAAGAUGUGGGACGUGAGCACCGGCAUGUGCCUCAUGACUCUGGUGGGCCACGAUAACUGGGUGCGUGGCGUGGUGGUGCAUCCCGGCGGCAGGUUCAUUGUGAGCUGCGCCGACGACAAAACUCUACGCAUCUGGGACUACAAGAACAAACGCUGCAUGAAGACUCUGUUUGCCCACGAUCACUUUGUUACCUCUCUGGAUUUCCACAAGACUGCCCCCUUCGUGGUGACGGGCUGCGUCGAUCAGACAGUCAAAGUGUGGGAGUGCCGCUGA